AAAAUCUUAAGAGCAGCAAGACAAAAGAAGUCUUUAACUUAUAAGGGAAGACCCAUAAGUCUAGCUUGAGAUUUCUCAACAGACAGUUGGCAAGCCAGAAGGGAGUACCAUGAUAUAUUCAAUAUGCUGGCUGGGAAAAAUAUGCAGCCAAGAAUAUUCUAUACAACAAGGCAGAAUAGGAGAGAUAAAGAGUUUCCCAGACAAACAAACAUGAAAGGAGCUCAUAACCAGUAAACUAGUCCAGCAAGAAAUAUUAAAGAGUACUCUUUGCGUGGAAAGGAGAGAUCAGAAGUGACAGUAUAAAGACAGGAAACAGAAGCAGUAAAAAAAAAUAAGUGUUUCUGUAAAAAUCAGCCAAGGAACUCACACCAAAAACAAAAAAAAGAUAUAAAAUAUAACAACAUAUACCUAAAAUGUGUGGGAGGAAAGGAGAAAAGAAUGGGUUCAAACUUGAAUGACCAUCAACUUAAUAUAGACUUCUACUUGCAAAAGAGGUUGCAUACAAGUGUAAUACCAACCAUAUAUCAAAAAGACUAAUGAACAUACAAAGAAUGAAGAGAAAGAAAUCCAAAUAUAUCACUAAAGAAAUCAGCAGAGCCUAAAAAUAGAAAGACAAGAAAGGACAAGAGAAAAUGUCCAGAAACAACCACAAAACAAAUAAUAAAAUGGCAACAAGUACAUAUCUAUCAAUAAUUACUUUGAAUUUACAUUCAAAGUACAUGAAGACUCAAUGCUCCAAUCAAAAGACAUAAGGGGUCAGAAUGGAUAAAAACAAAACAAAAACAAACAAAACAAAAACAGACCAAGCCCAUCCCUUUCCACAGUACCCAAGGAGGGGUGCCUAUGGCAUUGUUUGUGUUUCCAUAAUAACUUACAGGGAAACUUUCACAAAUCUCAGAGCCCUUGAUGUCCUGAAAAUGAAUGGAGAGGGUGUCCUCAAAUUCCUUGCAGCAGGAACCCAUUUAUGUGGCACCAGCCUUGACCUCCAAAUGGAACAGUGCAUCCACAAAAAGAAAAGUGACGGCAUCUACAUCACGAAUCUGAGGAGAACCUGGGAGAAGCUUCUGCUGGCAGCUCAUGCCAUUGUUGCCAUUGGAAACCCAGCUGAUAUCAGCGUCAUAUCAUCCAGGAAUACUGGCCAGACAGCUGUGCUGAAGUUUGCUGAUGCUACUGGAGCCACUCCUGUUUCUGGCUGCUUCACUGCGGGAACUGUCCGGAACCAGAUCCAGGCAGCCUUCUGGGAGCCGAGACUUCUGGUUGUUCCUGAUCCCAGGGCUGACCACCAGCCUGUCACAGAGGUGUCUUAUGUCAACCUGCCUACCGUCGCUCUGUGUAACACAGACUCUCCCCUGUGCUGUGUGGACAUCGUCAUUCCUUGCAACAACAAGAGAGCUCAUUCAGCAGGUCCCAUGUGGUGGAUGCUGGCCCCCGGGGAAGUUCUGUGCCUGAGUGGCACCAUUUCCCAUGCACACCCAUGGGAGGUCGUGCCUGAUCUCUACUUCUGCAGAGAUUCUGAAGAGAUUGAAAAGGAAGAGCAGGCCCCUGCUGAAAACGCUGUGACCAAGGAGAGAGUUCAGGGUGAAUGCACUGCUCCAGCUCCUGAGUUCACCAUUACUCAUCCUGAAGUCACAAACCGGUCCGAAGGCAUGCAGGUGCCCUCUGUGCCUUUUCAGUAGUUCCCUACUGAAGACUGGAGUGCUCAGCCUGCCACUAAAGACUGGUCUGUAUCUCCCACUGCUCAGGUCACUGAAUGGGUAGGAAUAACAACUUAAACUGCUCUUCCAAAAAGGCAAAGUUGAAAUAAGGUUGACAGAAAAUAAACAGUUUCUAAAAGUUGAAAAAAACAAAACAAACAAAAGACCCAUCUGUACGCUGCCUGCAAAAGACUCAUCUCAGACCUAAAGAUUCCUGGAAAUUGAAAGUGAGAGGAUGAAGAAACAUUUAUCACGCAAAUACGUGUCAGAAGAAAGCCAGAGUAGCAAUACUUACACUGGAUAAACUAUACUGUAAAAUGAAGACUAGCUUUUUGAGGAACCUCCAUACUGUUUUCCACAAUGGCAGCACCUGCUUGCAUUCCCACUGAGAGUGCAAGAAGGUUC